AUGUCCGAAGACGACGCCGAUGCCCUCGGCCCCGACGGUCAACCCCCAGCCCGAGUCGACCGCGAUCGAAGAGCGCCGCGCUUCAGCUGGACUCCCGCAUACGAAGCUACCUUCUUCCGCAGCCUCUGCGAGAGCGUCCAACUUGGUCUCCGCGAGAACUCCUCCUUCAAGGCCGAGGCCUGGGAGCGCGCCGCCGUCGCUCUACAGGAGAGCCAUGGCGCCUACCCUGCGAAAAGCCAUCUGAUCAACAAGAGCGACAACGCGAGGAAGCGCUUUCGCUUGUGGCGAGGCCUUCGUGAGGAUCCCGAAUUUGUCUAUAGCCAGGUGACGAGGACCGUGACUGCUACCGAGGAGGCGUGGGCUGCGCAUAUCGAGAGGGAACCGCUUUCUAGGGCUUUGCGCGGCCGACCCUUCGAUCACGAGGACUUCAUGGAGGUUCUCUAUCCAGACGUCAUCGGUUCGGGUGGCGCUCCCAAACGGAUAAUGAAGCCUCGAAGACGGACAGACGGACCCAUCAGCGACGAUCCCGAUAUGCCCGGCACCGGUAUUCUCAACCUGCAAAGCGAUCCCCUUCCUCGACCCCCAGGACUCGAAAGUCCCAACUCGCGACCCAUGCUGACCCAGACUCCCACCACUUCCUCCGUUGGGUCAGCGACGCAACGGCCCAUGUCUACCACGAUCCCCCCUCGCGGACCCCCGACUGUACCAAACGCGAACGCUCUUACCCCGCCCGACGAGACCAUCACACAGAGUCGCAAGCGACAGCUUCCCACCACGAGUACCCCCGUUAUGUUCGAUACCACGCCACCCACCUCCACCAUCCCUCUGGGACAAGCCGCGCCCGAAUCUCCCGGUAAACGCCGUAGAACCUCGUCCAACGAUGGGUCUCGUGCUCUCACCGCAUCUGUCCUCAAUUCGUCCAUGCUGCCCAUGGCCGUGCGCGAUGGCCCGAGUGCCGGUUCCCCAUCCCAGGCAGACAGCCAGACUAUGUCUAGCGGUCCCCCGGUGGAUGAGCUCGUUGAAGCUGUACGAUCUCGAAACGCCUUGCGCUGGCAGGAGGAGGCCCUCGAUAUUUUCUUUCGCGACUUUGCCGAUGAGGAUUUGGACCUGCAGGUCAAGAUCUCGGAGGGCGUUCUUGUUAACGAAUGCAAGGCCAUGGUAUUCUGCAAGAUGCCAGGUCGCGUGCGACAGCAUUGGGUAAGACGUUUCAAAGAGACUCCUCAUCGGCAGUAG